AUGGAUUUGGGUGUUUUCGCUCGUAUAAUCUUUGAAGACCGCGAGAAAUGGUCAGGUCAAAUUCUUGGUGUUACCUCCCAGUUUGUCACAGGUGACGAGAUUGCCAAAACCUUGACUAAGGUAACGGGCAUACCAGCUAAAUAUGUAGCUUGUACUGGAGAGGAGUGGGUGUCUCGGAUUCCUUGGGCAUCUAAACCUGUUGCAUCGACUGAUCCAAACGGCCCCACUAACAGGGAUAACUGGCUUAUGUGGUGGCGAGCAUAUGAGGAUGAUCUACUUAUUUCGGAGAGAAAUAUGGAAGAGUUGAAAAAGAUUCAUCCUGGUCUAAGAAGCUUGGAAAUGUGGAUCAAGGAGACCAAGUAUAAUGGGGACGUUAGACCGCUGUUGAAAGGGCAUCGAUAUAUACAGGACUAG